AUGAGCUCCAAGAAGAACCGCCGCUCCGUGGACGGCUCCCAGCCUGACCGCGGCGAGGGGCCCGAGGAGGCGGCGGCGGAGGAGGCCGCUGACACGACCGGCGGCGCCGGCGGUGACCUCGACGAGAUCUUCAACUCGCUGGGCGCCCUGAAGCGCGAGCUGGAGACCAUCAAGUACCCGCUGGGCACGCGCGACAACCCCGCUCGCACCUGCACCGACCUGCGGCUCAGCCAGCCGGAGCUCACGGACGGUGGCACCGCGUGGCCGUGGCACCGCGUGGCGGUGAGUGUGCGUGGCACCAAGGUGACGCUGCUGGUCGACUGCCGCGAGCGCUGGGCCGGCGAGCUGGGGCGGAGUGGCGACGCGCGCAUCGACACGCGCGGCGUCACCAUCGUGGGCACGCGCAUCCUGGACGACGAGCACUUCGAGGGAGAGGUGCAGCAGCUGCUGCUUGUGCCGGACGCUGGUGCGGCGCUGCAGCAGUGCAGCACGUACAGCCCCGACUGCGACACUGCGCUGCCUGGCGACUCCGAACUGGACACGCGGCUGCAAGCGCAGGAGCCUGAGCAGCAGCAGCCGGAGGGUGGCGACUUGUACAACUACGACGACUACUACCCUGGUGGCGGGGAGGAGGACGCGGACGGAGGAGCGUCCCCAACGCCAGAGACCCCCACCGAUGAGGGCGAGCAGAGCCUGGAGCCAGGCCAACAGGCCCAGCAGCCGGGCCGUGGCCGGGGACAGCCGCGUGCGGGAGACUCGGGUCUUGACGAGGCGGGCUUGGGGGGGCUAGACGACGACGAGGAAAGGGGGGCGCCCCCCACAACCACCUCGGCAGGGGGCGACCAGGUGGUGGAGUCCGAUUACGACCAGUCCGAGUACGACCCCGUCGACCUCGACCCCAAGGAGCUUGACCCCGUCGACCUCGACCCCAAGGAGUAUGACCCCAAGGAGUAUGACCCCGGCGACCUCGACCCCAAGGACUACGACCUCAAGGAGUAUGACCCCAAGGAGUAUGACCCCGGCGAGCUUGACCCCAAGGAGUACGACCCCAAGGAGUACGACCCCGAGUCUGACCUUGGCGGCGGCGGUGGUCACGGCGGUUCCAAGGAAGCCGUGGCGUUGCCGGCCGAGACCGAGGACCGCUUCGGCUUGCAAGGAGAGAAGGGGCAGAAAGGGGCACCAGCCGUGUUUGAGCCGGCAGCGGAGCGAAACGUGCGUUUUGUCUGCGCCGAGGCAUGGGCGGACUCGGGCACAGAGCGAUUGAAGGUGGUGGACGUGGUGGUGGACGUGAGAAGGCCGAGGCUGCUGGCGCUGCCGUAG